UGGUCGAUGAAGAUUUGCUACUUUGCGAGCGCAAAAUGUGGGAAAUUCGAAAUCUUCUUUUGCAUUUCUCCCCGUUUUCAACUCCUAAGGAGCUCCUUGUUUUCAUUUAGAAGUUUAAGUGAUAAAAUAACAUGUUAGGAGGAAAAGCAAUGGCUGCGAAAGGCGACGUAAAGUCAUCACGUGGAGUUGAUGGCAAGGAAGCUCUUCGCUUGGAGGUCACCAAAAAUAUUCGCGCUCUUCUCAUUUCGGCACCAAAUGGCCUCUCAGUGGCUGAAAUGCAAAGAGAUUAUAACAACAUGAUUGGGAAACCGCUUCCUUUUCGGGAAAUGGGCUACAAAACGCCAAUAGACUUACUCAAGGACUUGCCAAAUGUUACGCGACCAACUUGGGAAAAUGGCGUCUUGGUUCUUCGAGGUAUUGCUGAUGCUACCACAAGACAUAUAGCUAGUCUAGUUGCUAGACAAAAGAAAAGUUCUUCCAAGAGAAAAACACGCCUUACUUCAUAUCAUCCUGAGCCAACGCCGAUUGUCCCUCACAUUAUAAGAACACAGAUAAGAGAACUUCUUGGCCAAUAUCCUUCAGGGAUACUGGGCUCUAUGUUUGCUGUAGCAUUCAACCGAAGGUUUGGCCAGGAACUUAACUAUGAAAGAUUGAAAUUUAAAUCACUUGGUAAUCUUCUUGAAUCAAUUCCUGACAUAGUAAGGAUUGAGCACAUGCGAGGGGGAGGCUACAGAGUUUAUGGUAAAGGAAAUGCACUACAUAAUUCAGGUAAAGCACCUGAUCCAGGUGACAGUUUCUCAGUCAGGACUGAAAGUGCAUCAACUGUUUUUCAAUCCACUGCUGAAAAAAGAAACUACACUCAAACACCUAAUAACAGUAUAAAUGGCAAAUCAGAGGCUGUUAAACAAAAAGGGGAAUCUGCGUCUUCAAUUAAAGCCAAGCUUGAUAACAAGAGUGGAAUUGAUGAAAAAAUAAAACAGGAAUGUAGACAGGUGUUGGCUAGAAGACCCAAUGGUGUGUGGGCAGCUCGAUUUCCGAUAGAAUACAAGAAUCUUCAUAACAAAGAACUCAACAUCAAGCAGUUAGGUUUUAUGAGUGUUGUGGAAUUUAUGUCUGCAAUGCCAGAUGUUGUUAGGAUAGAGCGACCCACAAAACUGGACUGGCUUCUUUUCCUGGCAAGAAACGAAGAAGAAAGGGACCAUUCAAAAACCAAUGGUGAGGUACCAGUUUGUCCUGCUCCUUUAGAAAUUCACAAAGAUCCUGAGCCUCCUUGUGUUCCUGGCAAUCCACUUAACUUACCUGAUGGUGUGGGCAGAGGAAUCUACUAUUCAAAAAUCAAGCUACCUGAAUGUGGAUACCUUGAAGUGUGUGUCACUCAUGUCAUUCACCCUCAUCAGUUUUGGGUGAUGUUGAUUGAAAACUGGCCAAAGCUGCAAGAUUUGACAGAAGACAUGAGACAGUUCUAUUCAACUCGAGAAAGUGCAAGAUACAAGAUGCCUGGGUGCUUUGUUUCUGUUGGCCAGGCAUGCUGUGCACUGUAUGAGGAUGGCCAAUGGUACCGUGGACUGGUGGUUGGUAUACAGUCUGUGGACAGCAUAGAGGUCUUUUAUGUGGAUUAUGGAAAUACAGCUAGAUUACCCUUGUCAAGCCUACGAGUUCUUCGAUCACAAUUUAUCAACCUCCCAGCUCAAGCACUACCCAGCAAGUUGGCCUACGUCCAGCCUUUUGGAGGGUGUAAAGAAUGGUCGCCAGGAUCUACUCACAGGUUUUAUCGUUUAACAAAGAAUUAUAAGCAGCUAGUGGCAAUUGUUUGCGGAGUUAAGGAAGGUACAUUGUCCCUUUGUUUGUGUGACACAAAUGCCCAGGAUGAUGUUCACAUCAAUGAUGAACUUGUAGCAGAGGAUUAUGCCAUUUUCUGUCCUGAUAAUUCCCCUGCACCAUUAUCUCCUGCUGGACAGAACCAUGACAGAGAAGGUGAACGUCAGCAGCAACAGCAGCCAACAGCCUCAGGAGUCUCCUUUUUCACCCCAGAACAGCAGCUAUACUUAAACCAGCAAGCUGUUUCUGUUCUGUGUGCACCAUCCACCAACCAUUCAAUGAUUCCAGACUUCCCACUAUCAAUUGAUAUGACAUACCAACACAAUGUUGCAAACUGGUUGAGUCAGUCAGCUCAGUAUGCCAGUCAACUUGUGAAUUCACAACCGCAUCAAACCAAUACAGGAUUACAGGCAGAUUCAUCUGUGUGUGAGGAAGAUCUGGAUUUCAUGGAACAAAUUAAUCAGGAGUUGGAGUUAGAUUCAUCUGCUGAAAGCCAACCCGAAGGCCUCAUUAAGAGGGUGCAGAUAACAAGUGAUUAUUCCUUUCAUGUCAUCAAUUUUGAUAACAAACCCUAUCUUAUCAGUGCUGAAAUAUCAGCUCUAUUCUGGGAUAGUGACCUUCUGAGAUCAAUGCUUCGUCAGAAGAAGAAAAGUGUAGCCAAGGUGGUUGUGUCUUUUUCAGAAAAUAAGGAAUUGCUGGAAGUUCUUGUCAGAUGUAAGGUACCUGGAGUUAUGGAUGGAGAUGAACCCAGGAGUUUUGUCACACUUUAUGAAUUGGACGGGCUUCCUGAGGUUUUGAGAAUCUUUGAUUAUCAGUCAGAUGAGUUGAUGUCUAAUUUGUUAACUGAGUUAGAGCGCUUCAAGCAGGAAGGAGAAAAUUACUGGCUUUCAAAGACAGAGGAACGGCCUGGAUCUGAAGCAGGAAGCAGUUCUGAAGAUCAGUUUUCUGAAACUGAACUGGGUAUUGAGGAACUUCAGCUUGCUCUACGGGCAAUGCAGUUCAGAAGGAAGCGCAUUCUUCAGGGAUUGAUGUGUGGUCGCCCCUCGGAUGCCACUGGUGGCAGUGUCAAUGAACUACAGGAGGUCGAAAUAAAGAUUGAAAGUCUACAGCAGGAGAUAAAGCAUUUAGAACUCAGGGCAGGGAUGAGUACGCCAGCCUAGCAUCUCUGUGGCAAGGGGAUACAUCAGUUGAUGGUGCAUAAGAUUUUGAAGGAAAAUAUCACCACAGUACUGACAGACUGAUUGAUGCACACUGAAAACUGAGAUGUUUAAAUACCCACAAAUCUAAGAGUCAUUUGACGGCGAUGUUUACUGAACUUUACUUAUUUAUUUUGUCAGAACAGAUCUUGUUUUGACAGAGAUACCUGCUUAGUGAGUAAAGGAAUGCUACAUUGUAGAUGAUCAGCUCGCACAGUAUAAUUUCAAUUUCUUUCUACCCAGAUCUUGAAUCUGACUCUUUGUCCUGUGACGUUUUCUAAAUGUCCUUAUAUUUUGUAAGUUAUUAAAAUCUAGUUAAAGACUCUCAUUCAUUGGGUCUGUCUAGAACCAGCAUCCAUGGAAUGGGCUAAGUCUUAGAAGAGUUUCAACAGUUCGAUCAUUGUACAGUCUUUUUCUUAACAGUAUUCAUUUGUUUGCCUCUUAAUCGACAUUAAAGGUCCAUUUAAAUGCAGGACCUGUUUUAGAACAUUAUAACAAUAUGUCAUGAUUUUGUAAAGUUAAAGACAUAUGUAAUACAAUACAUGAAGUCAGCUGCCAAUAGCUGUCUUUAUUUUCAAAGUUUAAAAUAAACUUGCUUUAUUGUAUGUACUCUGUGAUAGAACACUUUCUAGAACAUUUUGAAAGUAUGACUGACAUGAAUUAUAAACAUUAUAUUAAAUUAUUAUAUAAUGCUCACAAAAGCAUUAUAUUACAGAGCAUGCAGGCGACAUUAAUAAAUAGUGCUUUCAUUACAAGUUGGGGACAUAAUCUCAAUGAUGUUUGGCUGGCAAAUAUAAUGCCAUAUGCAUGGAAGUUUGAUUUCCUGUUCUUAAUGCCAUCAUUUUGACUGUAGAAGUUCUGAGAGAUUUAGGUAUAGUAACUUUAAAGUUCUAGUUAACAAGUUUCAAAAGUAAGAGUUCGUAAUAGAAUAUAUUAUUAUUAUUAUAGCAAUAUAUAUCCCAGCUAUUAUUACAUAUUAAAAUUUUCCCGUUUCACAAUUUGUAAAUAUACAACAGUAGCUGUGUUUUGGUGGAUUAAGGGAAUGUUUUGAUUCUUCCUGUCAUUGUUUGGGAAGGCAAAUUCAUUGAAGUUUGAAAAGUGUAUUUUUAGUACUUUUAAGAACACAGAACUUAUCUUAUAUAAUCUGUUUUGUUGUGUUAUGAAUCUAAAAUCAUUGUGUUGGUAUGGAAGACAAUAAAAGAGCAAGAAAAUUUCAUCUUUGGACCACAAA